CGUCAGACGGAACCGUGCGGUGGUGCACCUGGAAGAUGUUUUGGACGGCGGUUUGGAGGACCGAGUGCGCCGGAAAGUGGUCCUGAAGAGGGAAGACGGUUCCGGUCGAGCCGUAAAAAUUUGCAAACAUGCGGUGAAAUCGUAAAACAAACCUCGGCGAAACAGUGGCCAAGUGUGAGUGAAACAGUCGCGCAGAGUUGACAGAUGCGUGCUUGAUCAACUGCGCUAAGCUUUCAAUUGUGUAAAAGUACACUCUAAAACAAUAAAAGCGGGAAUAACGACCGGGGGAACUGUCAACUUGCCGAAUUCCGAGGGAGGAAGGGGACUCAUAACCACACCUAUUUGUCAACGUUAAGAGCACUUCUCUUCCCCGGGGUCGAUGAGGAAAGGACCAAGAAAACGACGAGCAAAAAAUCGUUAAGAAGCGCGCCGGCAGUUUAUUAUUUUUAUAUGCUUUAUGAACUUCGUCUCGAAUGCGGUGUAAAUUUUAAAUAUUGACCCGAGAGUGAGAGUGACAGCUUGCGAAGAUUCUCCCGACCUUUCAAUGUGUGCGCUCGGGGCGGAGCCCCGACAUUCUCGAGUGAAAAAUUGAGCAAACCCGACUAACCGUGUCACAGGACCAACUCCACGAGCAACCAAAUUUGACAGUGUACACGCCAAGCAGGCCACAUCGUCGAACAGCCACGCCUACUCCUCUCGGCGCAGAGAGAAUCGACAAUAACAUGGCGUCAUUAGCGCUCUUCUGCUUGUUUCUCUCUCCUUCUCUCACCAACACGCACACACAUCGAAAUCCGCUCCACGAGAUUUUAGAAUCGCUCGCUCUCUCUCUCUCAGAAGUUCUGAACUCUCGACACCUGCGGUCGCCAACUUGGAUCCGUUUUUACGACGAGACGGUGGACAUUUGCUUACACGGUAAAUCCGAAACGAGCCAGUUUCGCCGUUUUUAUUAUUUUACGAGCGACCAUAACCUCAAACUCGAAGUGGUGCCACGUGGACGGACGUGGCCGCCACGUGGGACACAAGUAUCCCCAUAAUCGUAACUUUCAAUUAGGCCGUAAACCGCAAAGGUUCCGAGCGAGGGACGACGACAUCAAGAUGAAUCUGUCUCGAGAUGGCAGAGGGGGGAUCCCCCCGUUAAGGACUACCCUGUAGACGCAAGAGGAUGUGUGGCCGGAAUUAGAAUGUAUGACUUGGUGAAGGAGCGGUCCAUAAAUUGGAAGGGAAUGGUUCCCCGGAGGAUGCGCUCCCGGGUUGCCAAGGCAAGAGGAACGUUAAAAAAAAGAUUUCCUCGACCGCGUGGUCAGCGCCCAGAAGAUGUACGGCCGCCGGAUCGGGCUCAGCCGGGCGUGGAACGGCCCCUUCCCGUACGUGCUGAUCUCCAAAGCGAGCGCCGCCGAGCCCAUCUUGAGCAAUCCUCGCCAGGUGGAGAAGAGCGCCGACUACGACUUCCUGAAGCCCUGGCUGGGCAACGGGCUGCUCACGUCUCCGGCCAGCAUUUGGCACCCGCGACGUAAAACGCUUACGCCAGCGUUCCACUUUAAGAUCCUGUCCGAUUUCAUCCCCAUCUUCCACCGGAACGCGCUGAUACUGGCCGAGAAGCUGGAGGAACAGCUUGGAAAUCGGACCGGCUUCGACGUGGUCCCGUUGACCACGCUGUGCGCGCUGGACGUCUUUUGUGAAACCGCCAUGGGAAUCCCCGUCAACGCCCAGCGCAACUCCGACUCGGAAUACGUUCGAGCCCACCAGCUAAUCGGCAAGAUCAUCCGCAACCGCGUCCAAAAGUUCUGGCUCCAGCCGGACGUGAUCUUCAAGCUGACCGACGAAUACCGCAAGCACCAGGAGUGUCUCCAAGUUCUGCACUCCUUCUCCGAUCGCGUCAUCCGCGAUCGCCACGAAUCCCUUCUCAAACGCCGUCAAACCACCGAUCUGAACAACAACAACGCCGACGACGAUCAACCCUUCCGCCGGAAGCAGCUGGCCUUCCUCGAUCUGCUGAUCGAGGGAUCGCUCGACGGCAACGGGCUUACCCUGCUGGACGUCCGCGAGGAGGUGGACACGUUCGUGAUCGGCGGCCACGACACGACGGCCGCAGCGAUGGCCUGGCUGCUGCUCCUACUCGGAACCGACCAGACAAUCCAGGAUCGCUGCUUCGCCGAGAUCGACCAGAUUAUGGGCGGCGAUCGCGAUCGCAUGCCCACCAUGCAGGAACUCAACGAGAUGAAGUACCUGGAGCUGUGCCUUAAGGAAACCCUGCGGCUGUACCCGAGUAUCCCGAUGAUCGCGAGGAAGCUCGCGGAGGACGUCAAGAUCCACAACCAGUACACGAUCCCCGCGGGGACGAACGUUAUGAUCGUGGUCUACCAGCUGCAUCGCGAUCCCGCGGUCUUCCCGAACCCCGACAAGUUCAACCCGGACAACUUCCUGCCGGAGAACUCGGCCGGACGGCAUCCGUACGCAUACAUUCCGUUCAGUGCCGGUGCGAGGAACUGUAUUGGGCAGAAGUUUGCGGUGUUGGAGGAGAAGACGGUGCUGUCGACUAUUUUGAGGAAGUUUCGGAUUGAGGCGAUCGAGCGACGGGAGGAUGUGAGCUUGCUGGGGGAUUUGGUGCUGAGGCCACGGGAUGGGUUGAGGAUAAGGGUUAGUCGGAGGGUGUAGCGUUAAGGUUAGCUCUUUUUAGAAGAUAAGUUCGAUCGCUGGGGGUCAUUUGGAGAUCAACAGAGUAAGACUUUUAGAGGGUAUCGAAUAUAAUCAUAUCGCAGAAUUUGGGGUUUCUUUGUAGAAGAAAGCAACACCAAAAGAGAAAAGCCCAUUUUUUAGUAGAGCAAAAGCAUUUAUUUCCAUUGGGCACCUAAUGUUGGCAUAUCGGCACUUAACCUGCCAAACAAGCGAAAAAUAGUUAAGAAAUUAGCCAUCAGUCAAUACACUCAACCCCCUGGUGGUUGGAUACUUUUUCGUUUGACACUUUUUUAGUUUGUAUCCCGUUGGUUGGUCAAAGUCAAACUAAAAAGUGACGAACUGUCACUUUUUACACGGCGCUCACGCA